CUAAAGAACAACUUGAGCCCAGUGCAAAAAUUAUUAUAUUUUUAAAUAACCAAAAUGAAUAAUGAGAAAGUCAACAUGUCUGAACAUCCUGUAUACAGUUCACCGACAGUACCAAUUCAAAUGAAUGCGGCACCUAUGAACCCACAACCACCUCAAUAUUAUCAACCAUAUAAUAUGAGCGAUGAAUUUAUAAAUAUAAUAACUCUACAGCCCGCUCAAAUACAGCAUCCAUCUCUAUACCCACAUAUUACAUCGCAACAAUCUCCAAACAUAAUUAUGCAGUCAUCACCUGCUUUUGGACCAAGUCCUGUCGUAAUAACAUGUCCAAGUUGUAAUGCACGCGUUCGAACGUCAGUUUCUAAUUUUUGUACUAGAAAAACUCAUUUAUGGUGUCUUUGUCUGUUUUGUUGUGGAUUUGCUUGUGGAUGUUGUCUUAUACCAUAUUGCAUGAAAAGCUGUCAAGCUCAAAAACACAAAUGUCCAAGAUGCAACAAUAAUAUUGGAGUUUACAAUAACUGAAAAAAGACAGAAGAAUAUUCAACAAAGUAAAGUUUUGUUCAAUGUGUUAAAAAAUAAUAAAAAUCAUUGCUAAAUUAGUGCUGCUAAUGAACAUAGUUGUAAAGCUAAUAUGUAACAACCAAUUAUAACAUGUUGAUAAAGAUUUCAAUAAAGGCUAUCUAUUGAUGC